GUUUUAAUUUUGAAUAAAUGAUGGGAUUAUUUUCUACGUUAUUUGGACAAAUUCUCAAAAUAAGACAGCUUUUUGCCCUACUAUGGUUUUCCAAUGAAAAAGCGCCCUCAAUUGUAAUAAUAUCUAAAAAUAAGUAAGGAACAGAAACACUUCCAGUCAACAACUUCCAAAGCCGUGAAAACAAAUUCAUAAAUUUUUUUUUCCUUUUUUAUUAAUUUAAUUAACAUUUUUAAAAGAGAAUUAUUUUCGCUCACUGAAAUGCGGGAACUUUAGAGAGGAAAAAACCAAAAUUUCAUAACAUUUCUGUUUUGCUGUUUUAUUGAAGGAAAAAAUGGAUUAUUAAAAGAAUUAAUUUUAGGGAUUUUUUUUUUUGUUUCAAAUUGUUUUAGUUUGAUUUUACAAUGGAAGCUUCGAGUUCUCAAUUACGGACGUUUGGUCAGACGGAGAUCAAUUGGGACAAACUCGACAAAACUAAAUUUUACGUUGUAGGAGCUGGAAUUUUUACUGGAGUUACACUAGCAUUGUACCCAGUAUCUGUUGUAAAAACUAGGCUUCAGGUUGCUUCAACGGAUACUGUUGAGAGAAGUGCAUUUUCUGUUAUCAGAGGCAUAUUGAAAACAGAUGGAAUCCCUGGUCUCUAUCGAGGGUUUGGAACAGUCAUCACUGGUGCGAUUCCUGCCAGGGUUAUAUUUCUUACUGCUCUGGAAACUACAAAAGUGGCUGCUUUCAGAAUGGUUGAACCAUUUAAAUUCUCUGAACCUACACAAGCAGCUAUAGCUAAUGGAAUUGCUGGAAUGGCAGCAUCACUAUUUUCUCAAGCUGUUUUUGUUCCCAUUGAUGUGAUUAGUCAAAAGUUGAUGGUACAAGGAUACUCAGGCCAUGCAAAAUACAAUGGGGGUCUGGAUGUUGCUCGUAAGGUUUUAAAGUCUGAUGGAAUCCGAGGGUUAUACAGAGGAUUCGGUCUGUCAGUCAUGACUUAUUCUCCAUCCAGUGCUGUAUGGUGGGCUAGUUAUGGCUCAAGCCAGCGUGUUAUCUGGAGGUUCUUAGGCCAUGGCACGGACCUAAAGGAAGCUGCUCCUAAUCCAUGGACAAUAGUGUCGGUGCAGGCUGCCGGAGGAAUCAUAGCUGGUGCUACAGCUUCCUGCAUCACAACUCCAUUGGAUACCAUUAAGACUCGCUUACAGGUGAUGGGGCAUGAGAAGCGACCUUCUACUAGACAAGUUGUAAAAACCUUAAUUGCAGAUGAUGGUUGGAAAGGUUUGUACAGAGGGUUGGGUCCAAGAUUCUUCAGUAUGUCAGCAUGGGGAACCUCAAUGAUAUUAGCAUACGAAUACCUGAAGCGCUUAUGUGUGAAAGAUGACUAGAAGUGACCAACAACAAAUAAUUUUGCUUCUUGCCACAUGAAGAGCAGAGAUUUAGUUCAAUGGCUGACUGAGGGUCAUUAUAUUUCAGAAGACAGCCAUGCCAGACGGUCUCAGGUAAUUUUCUUGAACUAUCCACAUUAAGAAAUGGCCUGCAAUUGUGCGGCAAAUUUUGGUUAUCUUCUUAUAAAAACCAACUUAAUGAGUUUAUUAAACAGAUUAGUUACUGAUUUUUAAGAGACGCAUCGGAUGUGGCUAAGAUUCUUUGAUGCUUGUUUUUUUUUUUUUUUUUUCUAAAGGAUAAAAACUUCUGACAGUUAGAAACUGAAGCAAGUAGCUUUGUGUAUCUCUCUCAAAAGGCAAUAUCAGUUGUAUCUUUACACAGAUUUUUAAUUAGGCACAGUUAUUUGAUCUGAAUUUU